UCGGAUGUUGAGAGGAGGGAUUCGUAUUCUUGGUGCCGAAGAAUUGCUCUUAGAUUUUGAUUUCAGUGACGAGCAAAGUGUGUAAAUGGCGAACGUAGACGAAGGUUAUUCAUCUAAGAAAUGGCUUCCACUUGAAGCGAAUCCAGAUGUUAUGAAUCAGUAUCUUUGGGGACUUGGUCUUGCCCCAGAUGAAGCAGAGUGCAAUGAUGUGUUUGGCUUAGACGACGAACUUCUUGAGAUGGUUCCAAAGCCUGUUCUUGCUGUUCUCCUUCUUUACCCCAUCACCAAAAAGUGUGAAGAAGAGAGAAUCCAGCAAGACAAAGAAAUCAGGGAAAAGGUGCAUAGUGACAAAGUCUACUUCAUGAAACAAACUGUGGAUAAUGCUUGUGGAACCAUUGGGCUUCUUCAUGCUAUUGGGAACAUUACCUCCGAAAUCAAACUCUCUGAGGGAUCCUUCUUGGAUAGAUUCUUCAAAUCCACUGCCAAUAUGACUCCUAUAGAGCGUGCAAGGUUUCUUGAGAAUGACAGUCAAAUAGAAGAUGCUCAUUCUGUAGCAGUUACAGCUGGUGAUACACCGGCUCCAGAUGACGUGGACACGCAUUUCAUUUGUUUAGCUUGUAUAGAUGGUGAGCUUUAUGAACUUGAUGGAGAUAGGGCAGGACCAGUUUCACAUGGUGCUUCCUCUCCAGCUACCUUGUUGCAGGACGCAGCGAAAGUGAUAAAGAAGAUAAUAGAGAAGAAUCCGGAUUCUCUCAACUUCAAUGUGAUAGCCAUCUCUAAGAAAGCCUGAGAGACUCUUCUCAAGAUGCAACGCUCGUACGUCCUAAGUUGUUUCUGAGUAGAUGACUUACUUCGAUUCUCUUUUUGUACAUUUUGAAUCUUCUUUUCUUGUUUCUGAAUAAUGGUUUAGAGUAGAUCAAUAGAACAUACAAUCGAAUCAUACUGCCUUUAGAUUCAUAUAUUGUAUUUCCAUGGGUAAUAAUAACACAGUUGAUAAUCACA